GGAGCUGAUCUGUGCUGCUUCGAUUUACAAUUAUUCGGACAUCUUCGAUUGGAGCAACGAGAAGGGUCCGAUUGUACAAUCUGACCGAAUCUCUAUCGAUCGAGAGAAGACUGAAUUCGCCUAUAGAUCAAUUUUGAAAAUACACGACGUGAAAAUGAACGACUCGCAGCAAUAUAAUUGUGCAGGAAAAACCGCCAAAAAUAUGUCUCGAUCUAUUGAUUAUCGUUUGGAAGUGAAAGCUGCCCGAGCGCCUAUUAUUACUGAUACGAAUUUGAAAAACGACGAUAUAAUCAUUGACGUUAACACAGAAGAUAGCAAGAAAGUGAAUCUUAAGUGCUUCGCGGUUGGUGUGCCUAAACCGAGCAUCACUUGGUUCAAGGACGGUAGGCAAUUGGUAGCUGAUAAUGAAAGGUACAGGUUUUUCAAUAACUUCCAAAAACUUGAAAUAGAAGAUCCAGUGAAACUCGACAGCGGCCAGUACGUGUGCCGAGUGCAAAAUCGUAUUGCAAAUGUAGAAGUUUAUCGACAGAUAACAAUAAAAGAAGAGAAACGAGUACCUGUAGGUCUGAUCAUUUUACUCAUCAUAUUAGCUAUAAUUGCUCGACAAUUGUGCUUUUCAAUAUCUCGCUACAUUUGUCGUAGUUCAUUUUGCGAUCAAAGAUCCCCAUAAAAAGGAUAAUGAGAAAGAUCUCCUCCCUUACGAUAACAAAUGGGAAUUUCAAAGUGAAAAAUUGGAAUUAGGUAAGCAUCGAUUAAAAAAAUUUUGUUUACAUUUUCCGUUCGAAGAAUGUUCAUUCGAUUGCUCAGUACAGUAAAU